AGAAGGGGGCUAUGGCCAACCAGAGAGCUCUGGAUAUGGUCAAAUGAGUGGUAAUCCGUUGAUGCCACCAAAGGCACCAUAUGCUCCUCCUGGUCCUGGCAUGAACCCGGCCAAAGCUCGUGCUAACUUCAGCAAGCUCGGUAAGACAUGAGAUGUAGCGCAAUACUUCAAAGGCUAACAGAAUGUUUAGACCUCAUAAAAUAUGAUACCCCACAUCUCGGUCCACGAAUCCAGCUCAUGCUGUCCCAGCUCGAAUUCAAAUUAAGUGUCGAGAAACAAUACAAAGAUGGCAUCGAGAAAAUGGUUCGACUAUACCAGCUUGAAGGCGAUCGAAAGAGUAAGAUGGAUGCAGAGGCCCGUCUUAUUGAAAGUAACCAAAAGAUUCAACUGUUACGGCAAGCCCUCAAACGAUACGAAGAUCUCCAUGUCGAUAUAGAGGGCCAAGAUAGUCCUGACGAUGACAGCCUCAACGUUCCCAGUGCUCGGAAGCCCCUGACCGGACAUCUUUCCAUCAAGAUUCACGCCGUUCAAGAUAUCGAUCACGCAGCAUCCGGUAGAUUUAGCCGAGGCCCUGAAACCUUUAUUGUCAUGAAGGUUGAAGAUCUCAUUAAAGGCAGAACUAAGGCUUCUCGAAAUGAUCGGUGGACUGAAGAGGCUCAUGAGCUUGAUAUUGACAAAGCCAACGAGAUUGAGCUAACUGUAUAUGACAAGACCGGCAGUGAGCGCCCUCUACCAGUUGGAAUGCUCUGGAUCAGAAUUUCCGACAUUGCAGAGGAGAUGAGACGAAAAAAGAUCGAGUCCGAAUUCAAUAAUUCGAACUGGGUACAUGCAGAGAAAGUCGGGGGAGGUCAACCUCAAUUCCAGCCUCCUCCAGGACAAAACUAUACCCCAGGAGCAAUUGGUGGACCAGGCAUGGGGCCUGGGCCCGCCGGCAUGGGCGCAUCGGCACCGACUCCUCAAACAGCUCCUGUCACUAUAGAUGCAUGGUUCUCUUUGGAGCCUGUGGGACGCAUCCAGCUCACAAUGAGUUUCAUCAAACAAUCCAAGGACAAGCAGCCCUUUGACAUCGGUCUCGGACGCAAAGGAGCAAUUCGACAGCGCAAAGAAGAAGUUCACGAGCAGUAUGGACACAAGUUUGUUCAGCAGCAGUUCUAUAACAUCAUGCGAUGUGCGUACUGCGGUGACUUUUUGAAAUAUGCAGCUGGGAUGCAGUGCUCAGAUUGCAAAUACACUUGCCACAAGAAAUGCUAUAGCAAAGUCGUGACAAAGUGUAUCACCCAGUCCAAUGCCGAGACCGAUCCGGACGAAGCAAAGCUCAAUCAUCGCAUUCACCACAGGUUCGAAGGGUUUUCCAAUGUGGGUGCCAAUUGGUGCUGCCAUUGUGGCUAUAUACUUCCCUUGGGCAAGAAGCAAAGCAGGAAAUGCACAGAAUGUCAUCUCACAUGUCACGCAAAUUGUGUGCAUUUCGUACCCGACUUCUGCGGCAUGUCUAUGGAAGUCGCAAACCAAAUCUUGUGGGAAAUCAAGAAUGCAAAGAAGCGACAGACAUCAACAGGGAUCCAUACUCAAAUGCCAUCACAACCAUCACAGCCACACCAAGAACGCAAGAUGAAGGAGACACUGCGACCGACCUCCAAUCCUGCCCCGCAAAUCAACCAGCAGCCAUCGUAUGGGCGACCGUCGGAGCAACCUGUCGCAGAUCAGCGGCCACAUUCGUACGGAAAAGAACAAACGUCGUAUCAAGCUGGGUUGCAGCCCACCUCUCCUUCAACUUCUGAAAGGCCGCCUCUGGGCCAUACAACAUCCCCCUGGCAAGACAUCGUACGCUAUCCCACAGCCUCCACAGCAGCCAGCUCAAACCCAAGCACCACCCCAAGAGCCUCCUAAGGCUGGUGGUCAGAUGGUAUCUAAGCCAACAAUACCAUCCGCAAAUACGCAAGGAACAGGAAGGCGGAUCGGCUUGGACCACUUCAAUUUCCUUGCAGUACUUGGGAAGGGUAAUUUCGGAAAGGUGAUGCUUGCUGAGACUAAAGCAUCCAAACAGCUUUAUGCUAUCAAGGUCUUGAAAAAGGAGUUCAUCAUCGAGAAUGACGAGGUCGAAAGCACUCGGUCAGAAAAGCGAGUGUUUCUGGUUGCAAACAAGGAGCGACACCCAUUCCUUCUCAACUUGCACGCCUGUUUCCAGACCGAAACUCGUGUCUACUUUGUCAUGGAGUACAUCAGUGGAGGUGACCUGAUGUUGCACAUCCAGAGGGGACAGUUCGGAACCAAACGAGCCCAGUGAGUUUUCAAGCCUCCUCGACCUUCGUCCAAAGCUAAUUUUGAUUAGAU